CAGGAAGUCAUGAUGACGUAUUCAGUCUGCGACCAGAACUUUAGGCAGAUCAUACUGAAGCACUUCGCACAGGAGGACAUCAGCGAUUAAACAUUCAGCUUGUUCGCUUAAAGCAGAUUGUUUUGGUUCAUCGCAUCUUUUUGGUCACUAAUUCGGGCCUAUUUUGAGCCUAGAAGAUGUCUCUGGCUGACGAGCUCCUGGCUGAUCUGGAGGAAGCCAGAGAUGAGGGAGAGGAUGGACUGUAUCCAGAAGGAGAGGAGGGGGACAGUGAUGGAGAGAGGAGUCAGGGAAGGAUGGAGGGAGGGCUGGAAGAUAUUCCAGAGGAGAUGGAGGUGGAUUACAGUAAAGCUGAGAGCGUGGCGUCCAUCGCUAAGCUCCGCAAUAGCAAACAGUUUUCAGACAUUAUGGAGAAAAUCUCAGAAUAUAUCGGAAAGCAGCGCAAAAACUCAGACGUUUCAGGUCCAGUUGAGGCCGAUCCAGAGUACAGGCUGAUUGUAGCAGCCAAUAAUCUCACAGUGGAGGUCGACAACGAGCUCAACAUAAUUCAUAAAUUCACUAGAGACAAAUAUUCCAAGAGGUUUCCAGAGCUCGAGUCUUUGGUGCCAGAUUCUCUGGAUUACAUCCGCACAGUCAAGGAGCUGGGAAACAAUCUGGAGAAAUGUAAGAACAAUGAGACGCUGCAGCAAAUCCUGACCAAUGCCACCAUCAUGGUGGUCAGCGUCACAGCUUCGACCACACAGGGAUCGCAGCUGAGCGAGGAUGAACUGAAGCAGCUCGAAGAGGCGUGCGACAUGGCGCUGGAGCUGAACCAGUCCAAACACAGGAUAUACGAGUACGUGGAGUCCAGAAUGUCCUUCAUAGCCCCGAACCUGUCCAUCAUCGUGGGAGCGUCGACUGCUGCCAAGAUCAUGGGAAUCGCUGGCGGCCUCACUAACCUGUCGAAGAUGCCGGCCUGUAACCUGAUGCUGCUGGGGGCUCAGAGGAAAACGCUGUCCGGCUUCAGCAGCACGUCUCUGCUGCCGCACACAGGAUUCAUCUACCCCUGUGACGUCGUUCAGUCGCUGCCGCCUGACCUGAGGAGGAAGGCGGCCCGUCUGGUGGCAGCGAAAUGCACCCUGGCUUCACGAGUGGACAGUUUUCACGAGAGCUCAGACGGAAAGGUUGGCUAUGAUCUGAAAGAAGAGAUCGAGAGGAAGUUUGAUAAAUGGCAGGAGCCGCCGCCGGUGAAGCAGGUCAAACCUCUGCCGGCGCCGCUGGACGGACAGAGGAAGAAGAGAGGAGGGAGAAGGUAUCGAAAGAUGAAGGAGCGUCUCGGUCUGACGGAGAUCAGGAAACAUGCCAACAGAAUGACCUUUGCAGAGAUUGAAGAUGAUGCGUAUCAGGAGGAUCUGGGCUUCAGUCUGGGUCAAUUGGGAAAAAGCGGCAGCGGCAGAGUCAGACAGGCUCAGGUCAACGAGGCCACCAAGGCGAGGAUCUCCAAAUCCCUGCAGGUAAACGCUCGCUGCUCCUUUGUUCUCCCAGCUCUGCUUGGUUUAUGUUGUCCCUUAUAUCUCUGCGCGCCGUUUUAUCGCCAACAGAGGACGCUGCAGAAGCAGAGCAUGACGUAUGGAGGAAAGUCCACAGUCAGAGAUCGCUCGUCCGGAACCAGCUCCAGUGUAGCUUUUACUCCCCUUCAGGGCCUGGAGAUCGUAAACCCUCAGGCUGCAGAGAAGAAGGUGGCCGAAGCCAACCAGAAAUAUUUCUCCAACAUGGCAGAGUUCGUCAAAGUGAAAAAGGAGUCAAAGAUGUAGCCUGGUGCAUUUGUCAUUUUCUCCAAUGUGCUCCACCUUGUUUAUUUUUAUUUUUUACCAUUGUAAUAAAAUGUUUAAAGUCUUGAGUUUGGUUUAAAAUAAUGUGAACUGUAAUGAUUUGAAUGUUCUAUUUUUUAAAAUUAUCUUCAUUAAAGAGUUUAACCCUAGCUUAUUUUGAAAUGGUUGUAAAUAGAUCACGGUUAAACAGAUUGUGAUUGAUUAUUGAAAUAAUUGUCAACUAAUUUAGUAAUCAAUUAACUGGAGCACACAAACUCUAAAAUAUGCUAUUUGCUAAAAGAGCCACAUAUUCAAAGCGGUAAAUAAGCCAAAACUGUACAAAAUAUAUACAUUUUGCUUUUAAGAUGAAAUGUUAAAAACGUUUUAAAUAUUUGCUACCAAAAACUCAAAAGUUUUUGGUAGCAAAACUUUUUCUCUUCAAUUGUUAAGUGGUUAAUUGAAAGAAAAACAAAACACUACAUUCAUAAAUCAAGCAGUUUCACAUGUUGAUGCUAGAAGUAAUUUUUUAGUUGCUACAAACGAUCAGGCGUUCGCUAAUGGAAUGUUACUUAUUGCAUUUUAUUUUAAUUGGAAAAAAAAAAAUUUAUUGGUUAUUUGCAUUUCUUUUUACGUCUAAUAAAAAGGAUUACCUUUAA